UCGUCGUACGGGUACGGGCCUGUACUCUACAAUCCCCGCUACCUCCGGCACUCGACGCCGCCGCGCACACAGCGGCAGUAGCAAAGCAGUGCCCGAGCCGCCGCAUGCUGCCGCCGCUGCGUAGACCCUUCUAGAAGCUUCCGGAGGAUGGACCCGGCCACGCCCCUCCUCGCCAUCUCCAGGGCUAUCUCCUCCCGCUCCAGGUCGUUCCCCGCCACGUCCCCGCACAACAUCCUCCUCCGCGGCCGCCCCCUCACGGCCCCACUCGGCCGCGCCCCUGUCUUCGCCGCUUCCGCCCAGCGUCGCUCCGUGAACGGCGACGUGCUCCUCCUCUCGCUCGCGCGCCUAGCGCUCCGCGGCCCGGCCUCCCCUCGCCGCUGGUUCGCGAGCGUCUCGGCUUCCCCCCUUGCGUCGACCGGUCCUCCCGGUGGCGGGUGCGGUAGGGGGAAUGGAGAUGGAGGGGGCGGCGGUGAUGGAGGCGGCGAUGGGUGGAAGCGGCCGCGUGCUUCCCAGGGGACGGCGGUGGCAGAGGAAGCGGCAGGGCUGGAAGCCGAUACCAUAAUCCUUGACGUUGGGGGGAUGUCGUGUGGGGGAUGUGCAGCAAGCGUUAAACGCAUUUUGGAGAAUGAGCCCCAGGUGGUGUCUGCAACUGUCAACCUUGCUACUGAGAUGGCAGUUGUGUGGGCUGUGCCGGAAGAUAGAGCUGUACAGGAUUGGAAACUGCAGUUGGGUGAGAAGCUCGCUAGCCAGUUGACAACAUGUGGGUACAAAUCCAGCCAGCGAGAUUCUUCGAAAGUCAGUUCACAGAAUGUUUUUGAAAGAAAGAUGGGCGAAAAACUGCAAAAUCUGAAGCAAAGUGGUCGAGAACUUGCUGUAUCUUGGGCACUAUGUGCUGUUUGCCUACUGGGACAUAUUUCUCAUCUCUUUGGAGUUAAUGCACCAUUGGUGCACCUGUUUCAUUCCACUGGAUUCCAUUUGUCUCUCUCAAUAUUUACAUUUAUUGGGCCUGGACGAAGACUAAUUAUUGAUGGAAUAAAGAGUCUAUUCAAGGGUUCUCCAAACAUGAAUACGUUGGUUGGUUUAGGUGCUCUGUCAUCUUUUGCUGUCAGCUCAGUUGCAGCCUUCAUUCCAAAGCUGGGAUGGAAGACAUUUUUUGAGGAACCAAUUAUGUUGAUAGCUUUUGUUCUUCUAGGGAAGAAUCUUGAGCAGAGGGCGAAGUUAAAAGCUGCUAGUGAUAUGACCGGAUUGCUCAAUAUACUUCCAUCAAAAGCACGCCUAAUGGUGGAUAAUGAUGCAGAGCAAUCAUCAUUCACAGAGGUCCCAUGUGGUACUCUUGCUGUUGGGGACUAUAUAUUAGUGCUGCCUGGGGACCGCAUUCCAGCCGAUGGACUUGUGAAAGCUGGAAGAAGUACAGUUGACGAGUCAAGUUUGACAGGUGAACCUAUGCCGGUAACUAAGAUUGCAGGGGCAGAAGUAUCAGCGGGAAGCAUUAACUUAAACGGUAAACUGACAGUUGAAGUUCGACGACCUGGCGGUGAGACUGUCAUGUCUGACAUACUUCACUUAGUGGAAGAAGCACAGACAAGGGAAGCCCCUGUUCAGCGAUUAGCUGACAAGGUUGCCGGGAACUUUACAUAUGGCGUUAUGGCGCUUUCUUCUGCUACCUUUAUGUUCUGGAGUAUUUUUGGUUCACAAUUUGUACCUGCUGCUAUCCAGCAGGGAAGUGCAAUGUCUCUGGCUUUGCAGCUUUCUUGCAGUGUUCUGGUAAUUGCUUGCCCAUGUGCUCUUGGUCUUGCCACACCCACUGCAGUGCUGGUUGGUACUUCGUUAGGUGCAACGAGAGGACUUCUUUUACGUGGUGGGGAUGUUUUGGAGAAAUUCGCGGAAGUUGAUGCCAUUGUGUUUGAUAAGACCGGAACUUUAACAAUUGGGAAACCUGUAGUGACAAAAGUAAUAGCUUCUCACAGCGAGGGAGGUGUAAAUACAAAAGAUUACUGGAACAAUGAAUGGACAGAAGGUGACAUUCUUAGUUUGGCUGCUGGAGUAGAAUCAAAUACAAACCAUCCACUUGGAAAAGCGAUCAUGGAAGCUGCCCAGGCUGCCAAUUGCAUCAAUAUGAAGGCAAAGGAUGGGUCCUUUAUGGAAGAACCAGGGUCUGGUGCUGUGGCUACGAUUGGUGAGAAACAGGUUUCGGUUGGGACAUUAGACUGGAUUAGGAGGCAUGGUGUUGUUCGUGACCCAUUUCAUGAAGCAGAAAGUUUUGGUCAGUCUGUUGCAUAUGUAGCAGUUGACGGUACUCUAGCUGGUCUUAUUUGUUUCGAGGACAAGAUCAGAGAAGAUUCUCAUCAAGUUAUCAGUGCCCUGUCUAAGCAAGGAAUUAGUGUGUAUAUGUUAUCUGGGGACAAGGAGAGUGCUGCUAUGAAUGUUGCUUCAGUUGUUGGCAUUCAGUUAGACAAGGUGAUUUCUGAAGUUAAACCACAUGAGAAAAAGAAGUUCAUAUCUGAACUUCAAAAGGAGCACAAGUUAGUUGCGAUGGUUGGUGAUGGCAUCAAUGAUGCUGCAGCCCUAGCUUUAGCUGAUGUUGGAAUCGCAAUGGGUGGGGGUGUUGGUGCAGCUAGUGAUGUAUCUUCAGUUGUUCUCAUGGGUAAUAGGUUAUCUCAGCUUGUUGAUGCUUUAGAGUUAAGUAAAGAAACCAUGAGAACAGUGAAGCAAAAUCUUUGGUGGGCUUUUCUGUAUAACAUUGUUGGGCUACCCGUUGCUGCUGGAGCAUUGCUGCCCGUGACGGGUACGAUGCUGACCCCGUCAAUAGCUGGAGCACUGAUGGGUUUUAGUUCAGUCAGCGUGAUGGCCAAUUCCUUGCUUUUGAGGGCGAGGAUGAGUUCAAGGCAUCAUGUUCAGAGCAGACAAAAGCCUCACAACACCAUUUCUGGUGUGUCAGACGGAGCUGAUGAGGUAGAGCAAAGUUAUCCAUCAAAAUGGAGGAGUACCUGACUGAAGUUUGAAGUGAUGACAUACUUAUUACUCCACGAACAUUUGAUUAUAGCUCAGUCACAUAGCCACAGGUGAGUGAAAACACUAAUAACACUGUAAGCACCAAGAGUUGAUGCAGUAAUCACCAAGAGUCUGAAACAUUAUGUGAUGUAGAAGUCCUUGAACCAGUGGCGGAUCUUGGGUCUUAUUAACAGGGUACCAUACUUUCGACACACAAAUUUAAUUAAUUGUUGUGCGUGGAUGAACAUCACAAGCUCACCAUGAUAUUGGUCAAAA